GCUCUUGUCCCACCAUCAUGAAAAUUGUGUUCGCUUCAGCGUGGUUCGCGUUCCUCACCACGGUUCUGUUGACGGCUUUUGUCAGCCCAGAGCCAGUCUCAGCGUCAACCACAGCCAACUUUGCAAAGAGUAUCUUCCGUGAACUCAAAGAUGCCGUACACAAAGCGCAAGAUGUCAUAAAUGAUGUCGUGCUUGACUCCUUUGGCCCUUUGACCCCGAAUCGAUUCUGGCAAGACGCACUGUCGCUUGGUCGGCGCGGCCAGGAUUACGCAGGUUUCUUGAUCCACGAGGCUGCACAGAAGGAGGACCCGACUACUGCUGCUCGACUUUACGAUAUUCAAAGCACGAUGGAAGUUAUUGUCCAUGACACAGGCGACCUGAAAGAGCUGAUCAUCGCACAAGUCCCCGAUGAAUCGUUCGAUAAUGUCCGGCGCGGUAUAGAGAAGACCCUGGCGAACAUCUUGGAGGAUCUGAAAGACCGGUUCCCUCCGCCUGAUCAUGCGCUGAGCCACGCAGAGCGGGAGGGCAAUGUGACACUGGUCGUCAACAUCAUAGAGGAGUCCCUCAUCAAGUUUGGCGUGGAACACGGGAUAUCGGAGGAGCAACUCAAGAUGCGUCUUGCCCCAAUUAUGAAGCACGUCGAAGACGUCGUCGUUGCCAUCGGUGAUCUGGCGGAACAACACCCGUACUUGCUCAAGACUUUGCUCGUCUCUGGUGUCAUGAUCAUCAUCCCCGAAGCCUGGUUCCUUCGCCCAUUGCUCCGAUUCUUCGGCUUCGCUCCUAAAGGUCCUGCCAAAGGUGGUUCCUUGGCGACCUGGACCCAGCGCACAUUCUAUGGCGGAACCGUCACAAAGGGGAGCUGGUUCUCGUAUCUGCACCGCGCAGCUUUCGGUCGCUGGGAGCAUUCGACCGAGACCAUAUAUCACUGCGGACCAACCGGACUCUGCGAAGCGAUUACAUGGCCCUAAGAAGAGCGUGUAUAUCAGUAAGCCGUCGAGUGAGAACCCCUACCACGGGAAUUAGAGUCUUAGUGUAUGGCGCGAUUUCCGAAUCUAAUAUGUCAUGUUCAGA